CCACUUUAUAUUCAUGUUCGUAAUAAAGCCAAAGCUGAACUUGGCAACUUCAAGGUAUAUGUUUAUAAAUUUACGCGAGGUAUAUUAAAUUUGGUUAAUUCAGAUAAACUCGACAUCCCAGAAGUCGUGGAUUUCUCGAAGGAGGUACAGGAAAAAGAUCAACGGAUAAAGCAUACUGAACUACCAUUGAUCAGCAUACACUAG